AUGGCUUUUCGAAGCGGACGCACAUCUGGUCCUUCGGGCAUGCUGGACACAUCCGUAAGACCGUUCCAAGCUAUCUCAUGUGCACCUAAUGGCUCCAGGUGGAGUCGGAGAAUCAGUGAAGGGGAAUGGAAUUCAUACAGGAAGAGGAUAGAAGACUUCCAUAAAGCGGGAAUGACACGAGAAGCCAUACACGAGUUUCUCAAAAUAGAGGACGAUUUUCAUCCAUCAAUGCCUCAGCUUAAUGGUCAGAUGACAGCAUGGGGUCUGAAAAGGAAAGCGGUUCCUGGUAGGAAGUCGGCUCUUUCAGCAAGACAGCCUUUGGUGCGUCCACCUCUGCUUGUCCCUGAAGUACCAUUGAGUGAAGACCACGAACAAAAUGACAUAUCAUCCAUGCUGUUGCAGCUUACCGAAGUUCUACAGGUCGAUCAAGACGUACCAACAGCCAAAACUACAGCUCUGCCAAAUUCGUCGUGGGAACCACAGUAUUGUGACGAGGCCUGCUGUACGACCGCGAUCUUCCAUCAAAGAAAGAUGCUCGGUGCUUGCUUUCUCAUGUUCUUGAAGUGCUGGCCUCAAGCUUCAGGGAUUCUGCAAGGACUGAUUGAUGAGAUGACCCACGAUAAGACUGUCUCAACGUCGAGUAUUAUCUGGGCCAAGGCAAAUUACAAUCGCAUCUAUGGCGGUGGAUCCAAGCCUGACGACCUGAUAUCAAUCUGGACCACACCUUCUGGGAACAUAGUAGAGUCUUUGUGGGCAGACGUUGAAGUCGUUGUCACCGAAGCUCUACCCAGUCCGUUGAUGUUCUUGUGCCUUACCGGGACUUAUCGUGCAUAUGGUGAGUUGGAAAAAGCUCAACCUCCGCCAGCAGUCUUUCAUUGCUUCGAAGUUCAACUACAGACAUUGACACGCGAAAUUCAGGAAUAUGAAGAAGAGACCACUUUGUUACUGCAACUGCUCGUUGGGUGUUCAUAUAUACUCGAGUCUGCUGCUCUGCACAGCACUUUUGAACACUUCAAGCUGCACGUAAAUCAUGUUCCUGCCGAUACAUUCCACGACUUCAUUCUGCCGAGGUUGUUGGCAUGCCACAUCAUGUCAGCUUGGAUUGACAAGCCGCGCAUUGCUACGUUGAGUUCACUGGCAGCCUUCAGAAACUCUUCCUCGAUAUUCAAGCCUGAUGUUCUGCUUCCAGAACUUUUCGUCACUUUCAGCCACAUGAUUGCUGCGAGGAUACACGACAUACCGCCUCUAUCGUCCCCUACCUUUGUCAGCGAUCUCAAGAAGGCGGUUCGGAAGGCUGUCAUGAAACUCUGCUUCGCUCAAAAAUCGUGGUACUGCGCCGAGAUCGCCAAAGUGUUGCUGUCACUCUUCCACAAGCCGGCUAUUCAAUCAAAUCGUAAACAUCAAUACAUGGAUCAGCUAGCGUUGAAGACAGCUCACAAGAUCAUGGGGACUGGCUACAUCAGCAUGUUUGGAAGUCAACCGGCUGGAAGUGCUGGACCCCUUACCUGGAUGCGAUCUGCUGACUGCUUUGAAGUCAAAAAAGUCUGCACUCGAGUAGACGUGAUACCGGAAGCGCCUGGACCACAAACAUGUAAUAGCUCAGCUGUACUGGGUAAGCAGAGAACCGAAUCUGUGGCCAGCAAUGAAUCGACUCUGUCUCCUCCGUCAAUAACAGGUUCAACUGUGGUCGGCUCGGCUUCCUCGAGCCAGUCAUCUUGUCCAACCCUGAAUUCUGUCAUUGAGGAACAUGAUCCAUCUUCUCCAAUACCCAAAUCUCAGGCUAAUUCAACCUCAAGCAGACCUACGAUUACGCGCUCUGCCACAGGCGACCUUCCUCGGCGAUUCCCGACUAGCUCUUCUGGAAGGCUAAGCUUCUGUGAAAUAUUGGCUACCAAUGCGCGCGUCACAACUAACCAGAUGAGAAGACAGACCGGCAGCCCAUCCUCGGUGUCACGAACAGAUUCUCGGGCGUCGUCUUCGAGAAUGACAAUGGAUUCUCAGUAUAGCUUCCGUCGUGUCUUUGGAAUUGAAGGCUCAGUUUGUAACGAUGGUCUCCCUCAGCGCUUCCCAACAACUUCAUCAGCCAAAAUGAGUAUCGAUGGUUUCGGUGUUGGAGGAGAAGAAACCACGAGUUCCGGUAACGAGACUGAGGCUUCGAGAUUCUCCUGGAUUCCUGGCGCUUCUGGAGAAUUGCUUGUUGUGGCAGAAUGCGGAUUGCCUAGUCCAAGUGACACUUCAAUGGGUAUGGAAAGAGGUUCUGGUGAUGGCGACUCUGAUGUGUGCUACGUGUCGAGAGAGAGACAUGUCUCUGCCUGGAUUAAGCAGCAUAGCUAUGUCAAUCCUGGUGUCGAGAGGCGGUACAGUGCUGAUUAG